CUGGUUUGCUAGAAAUUUUUGCAUCCUUGCUGGCCCCAAAACGAAGCGUGCCCGAACACGACCACGGACGGAAGAGUGUGCAGCACGCGCUCCGUUACCACCGGCACACCAUGGAGGAGGUGGCCGCCACCAUCGACGUGUCGGACGCGGCGGCAAUGCUCGGCGCGGACGCUACCGCCGACGACGCACCGGUACCGCUACAAGAGUUCAAGUGGACGCGCGAAAGCUGCCUGCUGCUGCUGCACGAGUACGAGCUGCUGAAGGACAAGUUCAAGGAUCGCAAAAACAAAAAGAAGGACCUGUGGGCGGAGAUCAGCAUGAAGUUCAAGAAGAUCUACGCGUGCGAUCUCGAGUGGGACGUUGCGUACAAAAAGUUUCGUAAUCUAAAGCAAACAUUUGAACAGGUGAGGGUAAAACUGAACCAGCAAGCAGUACUGGGGCAAGUUAGCAACCGUCCCAAAUGGCCAUACUACGACAAAUUCGUACAGAUCCUGGACGAUUCUGCCCCGUCGUACAGCUACACCGAGCAGCACCAACUGCCGGUCGAGCACCAUCUGCAGCAGCAUCAGGAGCAGCUCGAUCACCAUAGUCAAAUGGUGGAACACCAUCAGCAAAUAGUCGAAGCUGUCGAGCAUCAUCAUCAUCAUCAUCUGCAAGCUCAUCAUCACCAUCAUCAGCAACAACAUCAGCAGCAGCAGCAGCUGCUCCAACAGCACCAACAACAGCAACAACACCUCGAUCCGGGUUCCGUCGGGCAGAUGAUCGCCGGGGAAGAGGAGUUUACCGAAACGCUCGUAACCGCGUUUCCGAUGGGUGAGGAGCUCGAAAUACCUUCGCAUCCACCGGAAGACACACCGCCGGAUGUGAUAUCGAAGACGGAGGAGGAAGAAAUCGUCGGCCAGAUGCCGGCCGCCGAAGAAGAGUACGCCGAGGAGGAAGAGGAGCCGGAGGAGGAGGUGGUGCAGGACGAAAUGGAACCGCCGCACCGGAAGCGGUACCGGCGGCGCACCAGCUACCAGCAGGAGCGGCUCGAGAUCGAGCGGGAAAAGUUGCACACGCUGCGGGAAAUCCAGCGCGGCAUCGAGUGCAAGAACGACAUCCUGCAGGGCAUACUGCACGUGCUGCAGGCGAAGGUGUGGCAGGCGCAUCCGACCGAAUGACUGAACACUCCGACCACUCGAAGGAGUAAGGGUGAGGUGGGGGUGGGUCUCGCCGCACGGACAAACAAAUACACGCGUGGCCUUAAACCAACAACAACAUGUGGCAUGCAUAUAGUUUUAGGGCAAUUGUAGGCUACCUUUUAUUUCACCUUAUAAGUUCAUCAAACAGUGUAUAUUUCGUGGAAAAAGUAACAAACUAUACGUAGGAAAUAAAGUACAUGUAAA